AGAGGCAGAAAAGAAAAAUGGCGGCUCUCGGCGAACCCGAACGGGACGCCGGGCUAACAUUUUGAGCUUUCAUACCCGAGGAAACACGGGUUGCGGGCUUGCAUGCUCGGCACCAACCGCGACCACUCCGAUACUGUGGGGGGACCGCUUUUCGCUCGCUUCCUGCGAACGCAAUCACUGGGAAUAUAAACGAUUAGCUUUCGCCUAUCAUGAGAGGGAAAAGGGGCAGGCCGCCCAAACCGCUAGCAACCGAGGAGCACUCGCCAGCUCCGGCUACUACACGGGGCUUGCGGCCGAGGAGGAAUAUCAAGCCCCGUUUCCGAGACAGCGGCGAGGAGGACGCGGAGAGUCCCGUUCGGGGAGUAGCCAAGCCGACCAGGAAAAAGAAAGCGGCAUCUGUCAUCUCGACGCGAGGCAGGGGACGAGGCAGAGGUGGCCGAGGAAGAAGAGGGGCUCGCGGAGGCAGAAGGACCCCUGUCUCCAAAACGGUCGUGUACGACGACCACGAGAGCGACGAGGACGACGACGCUGUCAGUUUGAGAUCCGAGGAAGAAGAGCCGGUCGAGGACCCUCAGUCCGACGAGGACGAGGCCCUCAAGGAGGACUCGGACUGCCUUGAUGAUGUGCUGGACGAGCAGCAGCGGCAGGAGGAGGAGGAGGUGGAAGAUGAUGCCAGCUACUGUACGGAGAGUAGCUUUCGGAGUCAGAGCACACACGCCAGCACACCGGGGAGGAAAAAGGCCCGACCCCGCACCCCCAUUUUGGAAGAGAAAAACAUCCCCCCUCUUGAUCUACCCGCGUCUUCCGAGGAUCUCCUGGUGCCUAGCGAAGACCUGCUAAAUGCAACCUCCAUCUAUGAGGUGCUUCGGAACUUCAGCACGGUGCUGCGGCUGUCCCCCUUCCGCUUUGAGGACUUUUGCGCCGCGCUCAUCGGCCAGGAACAAUGCACUUUAAUUGCGGAGACUCACAUUUCUCUGCUGAAGGCCAUCCUGCAUGAAGAGGAAACGUCCAACACUAGCUUUGGGCCCGCUGACCUCAAGGACAGCGUCAAUUCCACUCUGUACUUCAUCGACGGCAUGACGUGGCCCGAGGUGCUACGUGCUUAUUGUGAGAGCGACACAGAGUACCACUACGUUCUGCCCGAUCAGGAACUGGAUGAUUAUCCUUUUGGUCCCGUUGAAAGUAAAAUCAAGGUGCUUCAGUUCCUGGUGAACCAGUUUCUUACCACCAACAUUGCCCGUGAAGAGCUGAUGUCUGAUGGCGUCAUGCAAUAUGACGACCACUGUCGCGUAUGUCACCGGCUCGGUGACCUGCUCUGCUGCGAGACCUGCUCUGCGGUUUACCACUUGGAGUGUGUGAAGCCACCACUAAAGGAGGUUCCGGAAGACGAGUGGCAGUGCGAGAUCUGUGUGGCACAUCAAAUACCCGGCGUGACCGACUGUGUGACGGAAGCGCAGAAGAACAGGCCCUACAUACGCCAGGAGCCUCUUGGAUAUGACCGCCACCAGAGGAAAUACUGGUUUCUCAGCAGAAGGAUUAUUGUUGAAGAGGACGGUGAACACCAGAAGAAAAAGAUCUGGUACUACAGCAGCAGAUGGCAGUUUCAAGAGCUGCUUGAGUGUCUGGAUAAGGACUACUGGGAGAUGGACCUUUGGGCCAGUCUGGAGGAGAUAAAGGAGGAAGUUCAAACUCACAUGGACAUCACGGAGGACCUUACCGAUAAAGCUCGCGGAAACAAUAAAGCCUACCUCACUGCUGUCAACGAGAUGGUCACAGAACGUUUAAAGUGCAGACGGGACGCGCGGACAGCAAACCGGCAAGCAGAGGAAGUGAAUACACAAGCGGAAAAAAGUUGCGUGCCGACAGUGGGGGAUUCUGCCAAAGUUCCGUCGCAGCUCGGCGAUGGAGAGCACAAAGACAUCGAGCCCAAGGAGACCGCGGCGGCUAUGCCUGCAGCUGUCGUUCCGACCGGCGCCCAAGAGAGCUGCGCGUCUGAUUCUAAGUCCAGCUCGGCCCCCCGGGACUCAAGUGAAGUUCCUGAUUCAAACAUCGACGCCAAGGAGGAUGGGGAAUCCCCGCCAGCGGCAAAGCAGGAAAGGACAGAUGAAGCUAAGCGGAGCAGUGAAUCCACGCAAGCACAAGCCCCUGACGAGCAUCCUGAAGCAGGGCCGAAGGUCUCAGACAGCAGGAGCCCCGGGAAACCAGAGCAGCCAGACCUGUUUGAAAGGUCCUCUCGGUCAUCUUUCACCAGUCAAGAUGGGACAGAGGAGUGUCAUGUUAAUGUGAGGAGCAACAGAGCAACUGGAUCGGCGCUGGACUCUGUGAACCAAAUUUUGAGGAAAAGCAAAGAGUCCUCCCCAGAUUUCGAGACUUCACAUUCCAGCUUUUCCAAAAGCGACUUUGCGUUGAACUUGAACAACUUGUUCAAACUGGGUCAGGAGGGUAAAUAUCGGGUGUACCAUAACCAGUACAGCACCAACGUCCUGGCGCUCAACAAGCAUCAGCACCGGGAAGACAACGACAAAAGGCGGCACCUCUCCCACAAGUUCAGCUUGACGGCCGCGUCGGAGUUCAAGUGGAACGGCUCCAUCUACGGAUCCCGGAGCCUGACUAUCACCACCCUGCGUUUCAACAUCAUCCAGCUGGAGAGCAACAUCCCACCGCCAUUUAUGCACCUGAACUGGGCAUCGCACAGAACUAACUGGAACAAAGCAGUGCAAAUGUGUAGCAAAGCGAGGGAAUUUGCGCUCGCCUUGGCCAUCCUGGAGUGUGCCAUCAAGCCAGUUGUCAUGCUGCCCGUAUGGAAAGAUUCCCUUGGACACACGAGGCUACACCGCAUGACCUCCAUGGAGCGUGAAGAGAAAGAGAAGGUCAAGAAACGGGAGAAAAAGCUGGAGGAUGAGGAGUCGCUGCAGCAGGCCACAUGGGUGAAGUACAGCGUUAACAUCAAACACCAGGUGUGGAAGCAGAAGGGUGAAGAGUACAGAGUGACGGGGUAUGGUGGCUGGAGCUGGGUCAGUAAGACCCGCGUACCGCGUUUUGUUCCUAAAUUACCAGGAAACACGAAUGCAAACUACCGAAAAGAACUGAAAGCCAAAAUUAGGCAGGAAAAUGAUGCUGGCACCAACAAAGAGAAAAAGGCAGAGGAUGAAAUGCAGACGAGUCAAAGUACGGCGGAGGAAAAGCAGCCGGUUUCCAUGAGUGUGUCAGCUCCGAGUGCGUCAUCUGAACAAGAACAGGCAGCAAAAGAGGAAGCCAAGCCCAAAGACGAGGAGCAAGAAAAUGUAGAAGACGACAAAAUGGAGAUUGAACCCCGUCUGAAUUCAGCACCAUCAAAUGAAGACGGAGAAAAUGUUGAAAACAAAGGCCCGUCACUGCCUGCUGCGCAGCCUGUAAAAACGGAGCCGAUCCAGAAAGACGAGCCACCUCAGGACGAGACCCCUGCACCGGAGCCUUCAUAUGACGUUGUCGAUGUCAGCGAAGGAUUUCAUUUGCGAACGGCUUAUAAGCAGAAGGUAAAGCCUUCCAAAUUGGAUGGACUCUUGGAGCGGCGUGUCAAACAGUUCACUUUGGAGGAGAAGCAGAGACUGGAGCGGUUCAGACAGGCAGCCUUGCUGUCAAAAAUGGCUUCCGCGCGGCCCACUUCUGUCAUCAAAACUGAAGCUAAACAGCCGUCGGCGGUGAAUCCGUGCGUUAAAGUUGAAGAAAAGAAAGGUGACAAGAAGGCGAAAGACCCCGUCGUAAAACAGCUGGACUUCGAUCAGGAACCCAAUGAGCUCCAAGUCAACUCGGAUAUCAAAUUGGACGGUCACGGACCGCAGACAGAAAUCGGUCCCGCGCAUGGCAAUGGUGGAGGUGCCGCGGCAUACAACGAAGUGAACGGAGGAUCCACGGGAAGCACUGGGCUCAACGGUAAAAACAAUUUCAAAUCCGAAGCGAUAGAAAGCCAGGAGAAACCUCUGAAACAGGAAGUUGAAGACAACACAAAGAAACGUAGCUACGAGGAAAUGGAGCGAGGCAGUCGGCAGACCGAUGGGGAGAUGGUGGAGGCUGACCAAAGCAAGACCAAUGCAGAGCAGCUGAAUGGAGAAACUGGGCUCGCUGUUCCUUCACCUUCAAACCUCAGCAAUCAAGUCCACGGCGGUAACAAAGAACCUGUCAAACCGCUAAUGAAUGGAAGUCUCUCCCAAAAUGUUGCCUCCUACGACGGUCAUUCACCUCCCACAAAGAUCCCCAAAUUAGAAAACCACGUGGCCGAUACAGCAGAGCCGCAAAAUGUCGUAAGUAGCGACAAGGAUGCGCUCAAAGGUUCAGACGGGGCAGCGCCGGCUCAUCUUCAAACUUCAAAUAGUAGUGACAACGGCAGUCGUAGAGAAGAUGUAAAGACACCCCCGCAAAAUGUCUUCGAGUCUCAAAACGCCCCAACCUCUGCGGCAAAUAACGCGGUCUCUUCCACUCCGACCUCCGCCAACAAGCCAGUGUCGGCAGUCUCUCCGAGUUCCAAGCCUGCCGGUGCAGAUGUUACUUGUCCAAAGGUGGGUUCCACCUCUUCGACGAUAUGCAAAGAGUACAGCACCAGCGAGAGAGUCACUCUCCUCAAGUUCACCAAAUGUAAGAAGGCUCGGUCAGGCACGGCCCUGCCGUCCUAUCGCAAAUUUGUCACCAAAAGCAGCAAAAAGAGCAUUUUUGUCCUGCCCAAUGAUGACCUGAAGAGGCUCGCGAGGAAAGGAGGCUUCAAAGAGGUUCCCAUCUUCAACUACAAUGCCAAGCCAGCCUUGGAUAUAUGGCCCUACCCGUCUCCUCGGCCUACGUUUGGAAUCACGUGGAGGUACCGUCUUCAGACAAUGAGAUCGCUGGCGGGAGUCAGCCUGAUGCUCAGGUUGCUCUGGGCCUGCCUGAGAUGGGAUGACAUGGCUGUCAAGCCCUCUGUUGCCGUAGGCCUGACGCGCAAAGAAACCACAGACACAGAUAUCACCACAACGGAGAUCAUUAAACGCAGAGACGUGGGGCCUUAUGGCAUCUACUCAGAAUAUUGUAUCAGGAAGAUUAUCUGUCCGCUCGGAAGCAGAGACACUCCAAAAGAAACGCCGACUCCACAAAGGAAAGGCCUACGAUCCAGUGCCUUGAGACCCAAGAAACAGGAGUCAGCCAAGCCAACCGGACCGAUUGCUGUGGAGACGUGGAUUCCUGAAGAGGAUCUGGAGCUGUGGGAGAUCAGAGCCUUUGCAGAAAAAAUGGAGAAGGAGAAACUACAAGGAACUGAUUCCCCCAAAACAGUCAGCGCCCUGAAGAGUGCGGAGGAUGUCAAGACGCAUUUGGAGAAUCAGCUGAAGCAGACCAGAAUGGCUGCCCAGCAGAAACGCUUUGAGCAACAAGCUGUAUCCACAGCUGCAGUCGCAACCACCCCCACCACCACCACGACAACCUCAUCAUCCAGCACUUCAAAUUGUGUUAGUACCCCCGUGUCCACGGGCCAGAGAACAAGUCAGGUCACAUCAGGAACCAAGAUGGUCUUGGCCUCCAAAUUGGGAUCACCAGUCUCCUUGCAGCAAGACAAGAACUUCCACCAGUCUUUUGCCACCUGGGUCAAGCAGGGUCAGACCAGUAGUAAUACAGAUGAGCAGAAAUGCAGCAGCAUAUUCCCGUCCGGCCCACCUGCAAACCUGAGGACGUACAGUACACUCCAUCCGACAACCGGCAAUAUCAAUCUCAGAGCCAGCAACUCGGCUUCAUCGAGCCAUCAGCAGAUGAUGAGAGCAGGGAACCAAACGCAACCUGCAGCAAGUCCUAAAUUGACUCUACAAGGCCAUUCCCAACAGGUCCAGAUGGGCCAAGGCCAUGUUGCAUCUGCAGCUGUAUCUGGUUCUACUCCCGCGCAGACAAUUGAAGGUCAGAGAGCCGCAGGUCCCGCGCCGUCACCUUGCGCGACCAGCGCAGCACCCGGGCAGGCUCCCGCGACUCCUUCCCAAGCCAGCCGACCACAGCAGGGUCAAGUCAAACUCACUAUGGCGCAGCUCAUGCAGUUAACGCAGAGUGCUCAGGGGGGGAAUCCUGGUCUGACGGUGGUGAUCCAGGGUCAAGGCCAGACGGAGGGCCAGCUGCAAAUUGUCCCACAGGGCGUCACCGUCAUCCCUUCCCCCGGUCAGCAGCUGAUGCAGGCGGCGAUGCCCAAUGGCCAAGUCCAUCGCUUCCUCUUCACUCCCAUGCCGGUGUCUUCAUCGAUUUCAACGUCAACGCUCGCCGCCGCUGUUCCCGCAAAGCCCGCUGCAUUACCGAGUCCGCCAACCCAAAUAUCGAGGUCCAACGUCCAGACUACGCCUUCAGCCUUGGCCCAGACCCAAAUGGCAGCCCCUAUUCCUGCUCCAACGCAACCAAUUUCACCUCUUUCUUCGCAACCCGGAUCAGAUUUGGGUUCUACCCCAACCUCCGUCCCCAUACAUCCUCAAGUGACAGCCUCAAUUCCUACAACGCUUCACGUUACUCCGCAGGUUCCAGUAGAAGCCCGCAUUUCAGCACCAUCAUCCCAAUUCUCUCCCAUAGCAGCCCAAGCGUUGCCACAAACGCUAGUUUCAUCCUCUGCCCCAGUACAAACCGAAGUGGCAAAAUCUGUGCCUGCCCCGCAACAUAAUGGAGGGCAAACUAUGAUUCCACCCCAACUAUUAGACCAGAAUCCAACAGUAAUGACCGUGGCUGUCGCGGGACAAGUUACAACCCAAUCCCAGAUCUCGGCACAAACUUCGCCCGCUUCCUCAGCUCCGCUCCAGAUGCACGUUACAGUCCCCGCCCCUGCUUUUGUCCCUCUCUCGGGCAAUUCUGCUGUCCAGUAUGCAAACGUUACCCAAAUGCAGUGCAUUUCUGCAUCUCUCCCCUCACCCGUCCAACCCCAAGUACCAACCUGCGCCCUCCCUGCCGCCUCUGGUCCAGUCAUCGCCGUGGUAUCCAAUGAAAUCGGUGUCCUGUCCCCCGCUAAAGCACUAACCCAAAUUCAAACUCUAGCGCCUCGCCCUCUUCAUGCUGCUGCGGGACACGCUGUGGUCACGCCAGUCACGGCCACGUGUACAACACCCUCCGUGCCAGCGCUAAUAGAGCAGAGGGCUGCUCAGCCCCAGGUAUGGAAACAGGCUUCAUGCGAAGGCCAGCUUCCAGUCCAUUCUGUUCAACAGGCAACCAUUCCCAGUCCCCCCGCCCUCACCGCAGUUCCUGCCUGUACCCUGGCGUCGCGUUCCAUACCCGUUUCCUCACUGCCCCAGGCGUCUCUCUCCUUGAAAACUCAAGUCCAACACCCUGCAGUCGUGUCUGUUCAGCAGGUGUCUCAAAUUCCUCUCUCAGCUGUGCAGCUUCAAAUGAAGGCCUUACCCGUUUCCUCUGUAGUGACAACGGUUAGACAGCCCCAAGCCUUCAGUCCACUGCAGUCCUGCCCUCAAAACCAAAUCUGUGCACAAAUUCAGGUCCAGCCUUGCGGCCAAGUCCAAAAAAUACAACACCUCCAGUCGCCGCCUCACUUCCAGGCGCAAGCGCAAAUCCACCCUCAGAUCAGAGUUCAGUUUCAGCCCCAAACUCAGCCGGCGUCCCAACCCCAAGUACAACACCUCCCUCAAAUUCAACCCCAGGUGCAGUUUCAAUCUCCAAAGCCAACCUUGCCCCAGGUUCAAGUUCAACACCAACACCAGUACCAGUCACAGGCGCAAAGUGCGCUCCAAACACAAGUGCACACCCAACCGCAGACUCAGCAGCAGCCUCAGGCGCCACUACAAGCCCAGUUGCAUCCACAGGUUCAGGUUCAUUUCCAGCAGCAGAACCAGAUUCACCCUCUGCCUCAUGCGUCACAGCAACCUCAAGUUCAAAGUCUCUCACCAAUGACAAGUCCAAUUCCAACCCAAACUCAAUUCAAAGCGCAGUCGCCCACCCAGGUUCCAGUACAGACUCAACCCCAAGUGCAAGCGCAGGUUCAAGUCCAGUUCCAAACCCCGAAGCAAACCCACAUUCAAGCUCAGCCUCAACUUCACGUCCAGCCUUCGAUUCGACAUCAGCUCAUCACUGUUCCGGGGCUUCAACAACCGGUCCAACUGUUGUCAGCUCUUCCACCUCACGUUGCGGCCCAGAUCCAGGCUCAGAUCCAAGCACAGGCGCAGCAGCAAGGCGGGACGGUUCCCCAGCAGAUCAAACUGCAACUGCCUAUCCAGAUCCAGCAGGCUCACCAAAUCCAGAACGUGGUGACGAUACAGGCCCCGACAAACCUGCAGGAUCAACUUCAGAGGAUGCAGCAACCCAGAGACCAGCAACAACCGCAACCGCAACAGCAGCAGCAGCAGCAGCAGCAGCAACACGCUCAGCAACAUCAGCAUCUGCCACCAAAGAAGAAGAAACAGCAAGAGAAUAAAAGGGAGCAUAAGGAUCAUAAUCAGUCGUCCGUGAGCCCGGGAGACGGUGUUCAUAAACAGGUGGGAGCGAAGCACAGCAUUUCGGCGGAACAGCUCAAACAGAGGAAAACCCAAGCCGCCGCUGAGCGGGAGGAAAACCAGAGAAUGAUUGUGUGCAACCAGGUGAUGAAGUAUAUUCUCGAUAAGAUUGAGAAGGACGAGAAGCAGGCAGCUAAGAAGAGAAAGAAGGACGAGGUGGUUGAGCAGAAACGCUCCAAGCAGAAUGCCACCAAGUUGACGGCGUUGUUGUACAAGCAUAAAGAACACCUGAAGGCAGAGAUUCUAAAAAAGAGGGCUCUGCUGGACAAGGACCUUCAGUUGCAAGUGCAGGAGGAGCUGAGGCGGGACAUCGCCAGGCUCCAGAAAGAAAAGGAGAAAGCCCGAGCUGCCAUCGCCCAGGCUGCGGCAGCGGCAGUCAAAUCAUCUUCCGUCUCCUCCCACUCCUCCCAUUCUUCUCAACCCUCUCACUCGACGCACUCCUCUCACAGCAACCGCACCGCCGGACCGCCGUCCUCGACACAUAAACGUAAGCGUGAAGAGGAGCGAGACAAGGACCGCAACAGGGACAAGGAGCGGCAUCACGACAAGAAACGCGAGCGAGAACGGGACAAAGACCGGGAUCGCUACAAAGACCGAGAGCGCGAUCGAGAAAAGGAGAGGAUGAGAGCGCAUGAGCAUCAUCGACCUCAGGACAGGGAGAAGGGCAGAGAAAGGGACCGAGACAAGGAGAGGGAUCCCUUCUCGUUCAAACACAAGAAGAAGAAGAAGCUCUCGUCUACCUCAAAGGAUCACAAGAAGGACAAUAAACUCUACUGUAUCUGCAAAACGCCCUACGACGAGUCCAAGUUCUACAUUGGCUGUGACCUGUGCUCCAACUGGUUCCAUGGCGCAUGCGUGGGCAUCACCGAGAAGGAAGCCAAAAAGUUAGAGGACUUUGUGUGUAAUGAUUGUAAACGAGGCCACGAAGGAGGAAGCAAGGAGGAGCUCUACUGCAUCUGUCGGACGCCAUAUGACGAAUCACAGUUUUACAUCGGCUGUGACCGCUGCCAGAACUGGUACCACGGGCGCUGUGUGGGCAUCCUACAGAGCGAGGCCAAUCACAUCGACGUGUACGUUUGCCCACAGUGUCAGUCGACGCAAGAUGCCAUGACUGUCCUCACGCCACUUACUGACAAAGACUAUGAGGGCUUGAAACGGAUUUUACGCUCCUUACAGUCUCACAAGAUGGCGUGGCCUUUCCUUGAACCGGUGGAUCCGCAUGAUGCACCUGAUUAUUACCGCGUCAUCAAGGAACCGAUGGACUUUUCCACAAUGGAAAGCCGUUUACAAAAGCGCCAUUACCACAAAGUCACAGAGUUUGUGGCCGACGUGACCAAAAUAUUUGACAACUGCCGCUACUACAACCCCAAUGACACGCCCUUCUUUCAGUGUGCGGAGGUGCUUGAAGGCUUCUUUGUACAGAAGCUCAAAUGUUUCAAAACUGGCAGAUUGUCAGAUUCUUAAAUGGGCCAGUCUAGCUGGAGUCUGGACUGGAUGCUUGUCUCUCUAAUAAUUAUGGCAAGAGUGUUCAGUAAUCACCAUAAAGUGGCAGCCAUGUUGACUUUACGCCAUCAGUUCAAUGAUGGCAAUACGUUUUGUCCAAUCCGCAUUAAGUUAUUAGUCUUAACCAACAAGCGGUCGCGGUAGUUUGCAUCUUUGUGGGGGAUUUUAGCACAAUUUGUGUUUAUUCCCGAUGUACUGUACAUCUUGGUUAAAUUUGAUUGGGUCUGAGUCAAAGUUGUUAGCUGUUAAAGUAUACAAAGCUGUAUAUUUUAUUGCAGAGAUAUUUAUGAGAGGGUAUCGCUUGGCUCCGCCUCUUUGGUUUGAUCAGUGUUUAAGGUUAAUGUAAAUAUUUUUAUUAUGUACAGCGGUUGUAAUAUAAAGUGAUGUUUUUUAAACAAAUGUUUAGGAGAGUACAUGUGAGCAAUAUAUAUCGUCAUUCUGUGUCCCCCCCCCCCCCCCCCGCCCCCCUCACGUUCCAAAAAUAAUGAUGCCGUCAGCAAAAUUGUCAUCAAAGAAAAAGGCAUUCCCAGUACAUAACAUCCGACAUGGCUGUAGGAUCAUCUUCCAGGGAGGCCUUUUUGCAUUCACUGUGUGUGUGUGUGCACGCGCGCACAUGAUCAUUGUCCACGUUUUUAUUACUGAGAACAUGUGAAGGCCUCUCAACUUCGCCCUCUCUGAAUAAUUUUUUUGGAUAUCUUAUCUCCACGUUGUAGGUCUCAUAACAACAAGCUACAGUCAUCAUCCUCUUAGAGCGCGUGGCACAUUGAUGAAACGCCGAAAAACAAAAUGCACUUGCCAAGACGUUUGGCUUUUCUCGACUGUCCCUCUGUGACACGCGUCCUGUGUCGGAGAUGUGCUCUUUUUUGCGCGCAAGCAAGCACUGCUGCUUUCAGAGUUGGUCAGGUUCACCAUUUCAGCUUCAAGGGACCUUUUUUUAUUUUUAGUACCUGUCUUCAUAAACGGAACUGUAUGGACGAGUUGGCAUUUCACAAGAAACUUUACCUCGGAGAAAAGACUCUCAAGGAGCUCUCAUGUUUCCAUGUACUUUAUUUUGGGGUCUCAUCUGUUUGACUCUUUUUCUUUGUUCUUGUUAAAUUCCCUCUGGCCAUCUAAGUGGUCAACUUGUUCAUUGAGAAGUAGGAGAUGGAAUAUAAUGGCUGAGUUUUACUGAGCAUACUAAAAUAUUUUGUGUCUACUUCCAUUUUGUACUAUUUCCAUUGUUCGGCCUGAGGUGGCAUGAGAAGACGGUCCAGUACCAAAUGACUGGACAACAGUAGAUGCUUGUUCGGCUCCUUACCUUGCUCUGCAAAAGUGAAUGACUUGAGAAUGAUGAAUCUGUGUAUUUGAAGGUUCCUGUUCUGUUUGUAAAAAAAAAAACGGUCAGAUUUUGACUUAAUUUUUUUUUUGUAUUACAGCCGAAGAAAUAUGGAUGUAUAUGAAAGUUAAUAAAAGGCAGAAAUGUU